CCCCCCCUCAUGCCCCUGCCGGGCUCCAGCUCCAGCGGACUCGACUGGUCCGACCUGGUGAACGCCGCACGCACCUUUGAGGCCCAGAGGGCCUCCUUCCUGGUCCAAGAGGUCGGCGUGAGGUCAGGGGUCACUCAGGAGGCGGAGUCGCAAGCUGCAGCACGACACCUGUCACCCGGUGACAUCCCUGCGUGUCUGCUUGGGAAGGUCAGUGAGUUGGAGUCCAUGGUCAAGUUGCUGCAGGACGACCUGAAGAAGGAGAGGGAUGCCAAGGUGUGUCUGCAGCAUCAGAUCGCGUCUCUUCGCCAUGACAACCAGCGGCUGCAACAGGCCUCUCUGGACGCCAACGCAAAACUACAGAAAUUUACGGAGUGGGUCUUUAACACCAUCGACAUGAACUGAGGACGGACACACACACACACACACACACACACAGUGUCACACAUACACACAUACAGACGUAUAAACACACACACAGACAUACACAGGGAUGCAGGUCACACAGACAUACACAGGGAUGCAGGUCACAUAAAUAAGCUGUCAAUGCCACUCACACACACACGUAUACUAUACACAUACACACAAACACACACACACACACAUACAUGGGUAUACACACACACACACACAGGGAUGCAAGUCACAUAUAUAAGCUGUCAAUGCCACUCAAGACCAACCACUGUCAGACGUGAUAUCAGUCACACACACGGACACACACACAUACACACACAAAUACACAUAUACACAAACACACAGGCACGUUCACACAUACACACACACACACCAGGUUACACACACACACACCAGGUUACACACACACAGACACGCUGCUCAGAGUUACUCAGGUCAGUCAGUAGUCACUAGACACAGACAUCCAGAGUCCCAGUUGCACAGACCACACACACACACACACACACACACACA